AUGCCAGGAACUACACUGUCAAGAAGGCUGACUCGAGUUAAUUCCAAGAAACGGAUCUUAUAUCACGAAUCGAGCGAUGAAGAUAUUGAACAGCCCAUGCAUCAAGAUAAGGAAAACGUUCCCGAACAACUAGAGAAGGAUCAACUUGAAAAUCAAACCAAAAGGCGAAAAGUUGGUGCUCCUGUUCAAUCAACACCAGCAGACCAGCAAACACCAACUACCGAGUUGAGUUUGUCUAUGGAGAAAAGUGACGACGAAUUAGAACCAGAUCAAAGUGGUAAAACUAAUAAGAAGUCAAGCUCCAGACAGAAAGCAAAAUCAAAAUCGAAAACAAAAACAAAAACAAAAACAAGUGCUAAGCAAAAAAUAAACAAGAAGAAAUCUACAGCAGAACGUGAACUUGAGGAUGAUUGGCAAGAAAACUAUUUAUUCCAAGCGCUUACAAGUCCCGAAGUAAACGUGCCAGACUUGGCAUUGGACUGGAUAGAUACAUACGAAGAAGAAACGGCUGCUUCUGAAACCAACUCUACAGCGAUGGCGGUAUUAAUUAACCUUAUCUUACGGUCUUGUGGUUCCUUGCAUUUGUUUCAGCCACACGAUCUUGUGAAUUUAGAUAGUGCAAGUAGUACCGUUGAAGAAGCUACAUUGGCCUUUACUACGCAGAAAUCGCACAAGUUCCCAUUUAAAUUGGUACCGGUUUUCAAGAAAAAUGUAUUGGAGUUUUUUCGACAAGUAAUUGAAAUCAGUGAUGAAAAAGGCUUGAUACAUGCAGUGCAGUUGAUGACAAAUAAAACUAGCAAAAAUGACAAGAACAAUACUACUACCGAUGAUAACAAUAACAAUGUUGUGUCUCGUUAUAUGAGCUAUAUAGUUACGUGGACAUCCAAGUUGACAGAGUCAUUUGCUAGACCAUUGAGACUUACCAGUUCCGAAAUUUCGUUGCAUAUCCUUGCACAGUUGUGCAAUAUCAAGAAAUCCACUGAAGUGAAUCUUGAACGAUCUAAACGGCAAUUGAACAGAUUAUCAAACAAGACAUCAACAAAGUACAAAACUAUUCAAUCCACCAUAGAUGGCUAUGAGACCCAACUCAUGGCGAUAACGGAAUAUUUCGACGACAUUUACCAUAUUGUCAUUUCUAAAAGAUACAAAGAUAUUGAUCCAUUAAUUCGUCUUGUGGUUAUUCGAGGCUUGAGUGAAGCAAUGAACAUUUGUCCCACUUAUUUUUGUCAAAGUUCAUAUCUUCGUUAUUUUGGCUGGCUCCUCACUGAUUCCAACAAUCAGGUCCGCGUUGAAAUUACAAAAGUGUUACUCAAAUUGUACAAGAGUAAAGACUCGUUUGUGAGACAAGGAUUAAGACUAUUUUCUACAAAAUUCCUGUCGCAGUUUGUUGCCAUGUGUGAGAUGGAUACGGAUGUACAAGUAAGGGCCAAUUGUUGCGCAAUAUUGACUGAAAUGAUCAAGCAUGGGCUCAUUGAUUCAACUUUAACUGAGAAAAUAUUGCAACUUUUUCCCUUUGGGUCUGAUAAGACCAAGCUCAAGCUCAAGAACGAAUUUGUUAAAUUUAUUCAAAUUGCCAGUGAGACUGAGUUGGCCUCUAAAGUUGAAAGGAACCAAUUAUUGUUGGAUGAUUACAAUGCUACAUAUGGAGAGGAAACCCAAUUGCAAGAUUUUCUUCCCAUAAAGCUGGUGGUGCAUACUGUGAAAUCAUUAUACGUGCAGCCAUUGGAUGAAGUAUUUGACUCGUCAUUGUUUGCUUCCGAUUAUAUAAGCCAGCUCGACUUGAUUGUAAAUUACAUUUUACUAGACAUUGAUCUGGUCACAAUCAAGGAGAAAAAUUCUAGUGGGAAGGAGAAUGGUGAAAAAGAUGUUGGUAGUGUUGCUGUUGAAAAUGCAGUGAAUGAAGAGGAUGUUAAGUGCCUCAAACUGUUGAUUGAACUUGAUGAGACUGAGAGAAUGUGCUUGCUUAAGAUGGUUUAUGGUAUUGUUAAGGUGUUUCUGGAAAGGAAACAUAAUAGCAAAGAUGGGAGUGGCGAUGAGGAAACGUCAACGACAAUUACCAAGUUUGUUGAAGAGAUGCCCAAACUACAAAACUUUUGUACAAAGUCGAAUGAAAGGUUCAAAGUGUUUUUGAAUAUUUGGACCGAACUUAUUGAUCCCAAGAACAAUGCCUUGUUCAACUACUAUAUACAGUUGGAUAAGAUCAAUGAGUAUGAGCAAGUGACCAAGAAUAUUAUGCAGUAUUACAAGAACUUUGAUGUCAUUGAUGAGUUUUCGGCGUAUUUUCAAAAAUUAUUUAGCCUGACGAGUGGCUUGACUAGUAAUGUGCGAAAUGAGGUUCAAGAUUCCUUGCAUGAUCUUGUUGAAGGGGCUACUAUUUUUAUAAAGGGCGAAUCAUCGGGUGAGGAUAAGAAUGGGGGAGCUGAUGGAAAAGAAAAAGAAGAAGAACAGGAGGAGGAAGAAACACUGGUAGAAAAUGACAUUUUGAAGCAGAAGCUGUUGAUUACACAGAUUAGGGACUUGUCUUUGGUUCUCAAGAAGAUUAGGCAAAUUGGCGAUCAUGUGAAUAUUGCCAAUCUCGAUAAUAUCUUUGAUUUGCUAUUUAAUAUCACUCACAAGCUUUUGGUCAAGUUGAAUAUGCAAGUGGUAUUGGACCAAUGGAAACACAAUUUUCUUUUGCAGUUGCCCAAAUUUCAAGAAGCAAUGGUGAAUGUGUAUGAGUUUAUUUUGGUGUUGGUGUCUUGGAAAUUUGAAAGGUUAAUUGAUGUCCCGAGUGGUGAACAGGAUCAGAUUGAGAUGGAUUUGGAAUUUGAGUGUUUUCCCGAGAUUGUUGAUUCCUUAAUCAAUUGUGUUAAAGUGUGUGGUAAUGAGACCAAGUUGAUGAGUUUCAAGUCGGUGAUAAUGAUGAAGUAUAUUGAUUUGGUGAGUUCGUUCAAGUUGUUUCAUCUCAAGUAUGAGAGCGUUAAUAAAUUCAAACAUUUUAAAAAGUUUUUUAAGCUAAAUAGGCAAUUGACUCAUAUUGAUGUUGUGUUCCAAUAUGAUCAUUUGUUGGAAUUGUUUUUGAUGAAGGAGGUGAAUUUGGCGCAUUUAACCAAGGUUGAGUUGGAAAGGAAUGAUGAAGAAGGGGUACAUUACAAAGAGCAUAUUGUGGAGGAUGCUGAAGAAAUUGAUGAAGCUAGUGUAAACUUGACCAAUAUUUUUUCAAAUGACAAUAAUUUUGAUUUGGAUCCUGAGCUGGUUGCUGAGCUGGAUUCGCAGUUGCAGGAGCAUAGACGUCAAGCUAGAGAAAAGCAAAUUGUUGAGGCAAGAGAGUUUCAAAGACGAUGUGAGAUUAUGUGGAGAUUAGAAAACGAUUUUUGUGUUUAUGUUGUUAAGAUGAUAUCCUUGCUAAAUUUGCAAUUGGUGAAAAGCGAGGUUUAUCAGAGGGUGAGAUUGAAUGCAGAUAAGUUGGGAGAUGUGUUUGCAGAUAUUAUACGGCAAGAGGAUGUCAAAUUGGCAAAUAUGAAGAAGCAGUUGGAAGUUGAGGCAGCAACGAGAGCAGAGGCGGGUGUUGCUGGUGCAGUUGAAUCCAAUGUGGAAACUAAUCUAGAAACUAAUCUAGAAGCCAAUGCUGCAGUAGUUGAAGAAGUAGAUGAGAUUGAUGAGAUUGAGAAUUCCAAUCCAGUAUUAUCGUUUGAGCAAAGUAAGAAUGCACCAUCAUCAUCAUCAUCAUCAUCAUCGAUGGAAGAUGUUGAUGAAAUUGAUGCCUCUUCAGAUUUAGAAUUGCAACUUGAAGAACUUUGA